CCAUUAUAAACUGAUUUGGCACACGUGCUUCAAAAAGAGCAUUCAUUAUUGGCUACUGUACAUAGCAUCAAAAAACGCAGUCUUAAUAUAUUAUAAACCAAGCUAUUAUUCGACAAUCAAUACACAAUCUCUUUUUUUUUAAAAAAAAACUUAUUUUAAACAAUGGCUGUGCCUUAUUCGAACACUAAGUUAAGACCUCCUCGCGGUUUUCAGAACCUUCUAGAAGGACUAGCACGUGAAGUACUGAGGAGCCAGCCGGCUGAUAUUCCAUCAUUUGCGGCAGAAUACUUCGCAGCUCUGCUUGAGAGGAGGGAGGCAGGCGGCUAUGACCCAGAGGGAUUUCUAGACCCGGCCAACUUGGGGGCCAAACGCGAAGACAGGUACUACAACUAUGAUAAAAAGGAAGCACUAUCUCAGCCUACACCUCCUGCUCAAGGUAGACCAAAGUCACGCCCUAUGAGCUCCAAGCUCUCCAGAACUCAACCAAUCCAAGAGACGGUAGAUACACAAGCGGCAGAGCCAGAAGAUGCACAAGCUGGAGAAGCACACACUUCCGAUCCGAUUGCGCAACCAGAAGAACAGAGUCAGAUAGAAGCUCCGGUUGAACAAACAACCGAACAGCAACUGCCGGCUGGUCCCGAAGAUGUGACAACAGGCGAAGUAGAAGAAUCGAACGAAGAACCAGCACCGGUGGAAGCUACAGCUGUAGGUGAACCCGAAAACAACCAGGAAGACAGUGGGAACCAAAAUGAACAAGAGAGUCAGCCAGAACUACCCGUCGCAAACCAAGAAGAUGAGACAGAAACAAUAGAGAAGGCGGCGGAACAAGAGGAGGAACCGUCAACACCACAAGCCGAGGAGCCCACUGAAGCUGAAGAACCAGAGAAACAAGCACCGGAAGAACAACCUGAAGAUCCAGGCACCCAAGCAGAUGAAACCGAAGAGGAUGCUGCACCUGAAGCCGAUCAACUUGAAGCCGAUCAAGAUGAUGUAGAACCUGCACAAGCUGAAGAUGCAGCAGCCAGUGGGGAAGCUGAAACCGAACCACAAGCCGACGAGGACGUAGAAGCCGAGGAGAGCCAAGCUCAACCAGAGGGAGAGGAAGAGACAGCCCCUGUCGACCCGGAACCAACCGAAGAAAUCCCAGCAGAGCCACAGGAAAGCGAAUCAGAAAAGCAGAUCAAUGAAGAUGAACCUGCAGAGCCAGAACCAACUGAAAAUACAGAAGCUGCGGGCGAAGAAAUAGUUGAAGACAACGGUGCAUCUGAAGUCCCAGAUCAAGACGCAGAGGAGACACCGAACAAUGAACAGGACGCCCCAACAGUGGAGGAGCCAGAAGCCACAGCUGAAGAAGCUACAGAAGAACAGGCUGAACAACCUCCCACCGAGUGAACACAUUUUCUGUUUAAAGCCUAAACUAAUUGAUUCAAAUUCAUAGCGACAAAUCAGCAUCUCGAUUAAGCAUUCUCCCUUGCAGCAUGGACAUGAAGAAGCAUCCAUUUAUUGCUUUGGAAAAUAGUAUAAACUUAAAAGUGUGAAUUUAAAAAAAUAUAUACACA